UUUAACAUGGUUACUACUAUAGUGUCUAUCGGUCAAAUUCUCCUCUCGUUUAUAUUUGACUUGUCAUAAUAUGUUUUCGACUAUCUAUAUCGUAUCAAUGCUUCCCUUUAUCCCUUAUAUAGGGCUCUGUUGAACUGAGUCUCUGCCAACUUUAUGUCCACGGAUCUACUCUUUUUCCUUGUUAUGUAUUUCACAGUGUAAUAUUCUUUUUUGUGUACGAUAUAAAAUUUCAGUUGACCAAAAAAAGAAGCAAGCACCGUGGAAAAAAAUAAAGGGUUUUAAUUAGGAGAGUAAUUGUAAAAGUAGGUGUACAAUUAAUCGCUAACCCUUCUCAAAAAGUGUAUGUUAUGAUAAUUAAACUUUUAAAAGUGUUACAUUGUGCAAAUAUCCCAUAAUUACUAUAUCAUUUAUAGAUGAGAAUAUAGAUAUUGUUUUCUUAUAAUAUGAAUAUUGUUUAAUCGGUAAUUAGAAGAAAUUUAUAAGUUGGUCCGUUACGUGGGGAGUCUUUGUGUUUGGUAAACACUCGAAACGUAUUUUCAGGAUCUCACACCAAAAAAAUCACCAACUCACUCGCUCAACCACCGUCUUCGCCGUAGAACCACCGCCUCCGCCGAUAGAAUCUGUAUUAAUAAAUUUUAGCCAAUGGGGAAAGGCGGAUCACUGAGCGAAGGCGUGAUUAAAAACAUCAUCCUCUCGUACACUUACGUGGCGAUAUGGAUCUUCCUCAGCUUCACCGUGAUCGUCUACAACAAAUACAUCCUCGACAAGAAGAUGUACAACUGGCCAUUCCCCAUCUCCCUAACCAUGAUCCACAUGUCCUUCUGCUCAACCCUAGCUUUCCUCCUCAUCAAGGUCUUCAACUUCGUCGAGCCUGUCUCAAUGUCACGCGACACUUACCUCAGAUCAGUCGUUCCUAUCGGCGCGUUGUACUCACUCUCCCUCUGGCUCUCCAACUCGGCCUACAUCUACCUUUCCGUCUCCUUCAUCCAGAUGCUCAAGGCCUUGAUGCCUGUCGCUGUUUACUCCAUCGGUGUCUUGUUUAAGAAGGAAGGUUUUAAGCCGGAGACAAUGGUUAACAUGUUGUCUAUCUCCUUCGGCGUCGCGAUAGCUGCUUACGGUGAAGCUAGGUUUGAUGUGUGGGGUGUGAUUCUCCAGCUAGGUGCGGUUGCGUUCGAAGCGACGCGUUUGGUAAUGAUUCAGAUAUUACUUGCGUCUAAAGGAAUCACGUUGAACCCUAUCACUUCUCUUUAUUACGUUGCACCUUGUUGUUUGGCUUUCUUGUCUGUUCCUUGGAUUGUUGUGGAGUUUCCUGUCCUGAGAGACACCUCUAGCUUCCAUUUCGACUACCUCGUGUUCGGGACCAACUCGUUCUGUGCGUUUGCUUUGAAUCUUGCUGUUUUUCUUUUGGUGGGGAAGACAUCUGCCUUGACCAUGAAUGUUGCUGGUGUGGUUAAGGACUGGCUCUUGAUCGCCUUCUCAUGGUCGGUGAUUAAGGACACUGUGACUCCUAUUAAUCUUUUUGGUUACGGGAUUGCGUUCUUGGGCGUUGCUUAUUACAAUCACGCUAAGUUAAGAGCAUUGAAGGCUAAAGAGGCUCAGAAGAGUGCUCAGCAGAGUGAUGAAGAGAGUGGUCGGCUUUUGGAAGAGAAGGAAGGUGGGAGGAAGAACGAGCCAGAUAAUUAGUAAGGUGAAAAAAUUGGUUUGGUUUUGAAUUUUUUUCCUGCUUAAAUUGCAUUUUUGUUGGAAUAAGAGCUUAAAGGGUUUAUAGUAGAUGUUAGACAAAGUUUGGUUUAUGAUAGUCAGACUUAAGAAUGACAAAUUGCCUUGAUGGAGAAUCUGAGUUUAGGUUAUGAUCUAUUUGUCUAACUUACUGAUUUGGCUACCUAUGGAUUGUAGAUUGCUUGGAUCAUAUAUAUCUUCACACUAAGUAAUAACCUGCACUGCACAUGAUAAUUAAAAAAAAAAAUUAAUUAUUUUGUAAUCUAUUAUAUUAAAACAGAAGUCACAACUUCUCUUCAUGUGUAAUUUUUUUUAAAUGGACCUUCCUAGAAAAUUAUAUUUCAUUUAAUUCUAAUUAACAUUAUGACAUCAUUAAAAUAUCGCAUCUUAAAUAAUUGACAUAUGUAACAACUCACCUAUAAAAUUGUCUUAUUUUUUAAUUAUAAAAAUAUGUUGAGAAAAAAAUCUACAAAAUCUUAUUAGAUAUUUUAAAUAUUAUUAUAAAAUAAUCAUUGAUUAAUUUCGUGAUUAGUACUAUAAUAUUAUUAUAAAUUAAUGUUAGUUAAGAUUUUAUUAUAAAAAAAAAAUUGUAUACUAUUUUCUUAAAAUUUCUAACUAUAAUCUAUAUCUAUUAUAUUAAAACAGAAGUCACAACUUUUCUUUAUGUGUGAUUUUUUUUAAAUGGACCUUCCUAGAAAAUUAUAUUUCAUUUAAUUCUAAUUAACAUUAUGACAUCAUUAAGAUAUCACAUCUUAAAUAAUUGACAUAUGUAACAACUCGCCUAUAAAAUUGUCUUAUUUUUUAAUUAUAAAAAUAUGUUGAGAAAAAAAUCUACAAAAUCUUAUUAGAUAUUUUAAAUAUUAUUAUAAAAUAAUCAUUGAUUAAUUUCGUGAUUAGUACUCUAAUAUUAUUAUAAAUUAAUGUUAGUUAAGAUUUUAUUAUAAAAAAAAAUUGUAUACUAUUUUCUUAAAAUUUCUAACUAUAAUCUAUAUUAUCUAUUGAAAUAGAAGUAGUGAAUUCUUUCAUGUAUUGUUUCAUAAUUUGGACCAUCCUUUAAUUUUUUAUUAAAUAUAUUUUAUUAAGACUAAUAAUAUAUAGAAUAUUUGAACUACGUUAAUCACAAAAUCUUUUGAUAUCUUUUCAUUUUAAAUAUCUAUUAUAUUAAAACAGAAGUUACAACUUUAAUUCAUGUGUGAUUUUUUUUAAAUGGACAUUCCUAGAAAAUUAUAUUUCAUUUAAUUCUAAUUAACAUUAUGACAUCAUUAAGAUAUCACAUCUUAAAUAAUUGACAUAUGUAACAACUCACCUAUAAAAUUGUCUUAUUUUUUAAUUAUAAAAAUAUGUUGAGAAAAAAAUCUACAAAAUCUUAUUAGAUAUUUUAAAUAUUAUUAUAAAAUAAUCAUUGAUUAAUUUCGUGAUUAGUACUCUAAUAUUAUUAUAAAUUAAUGUUAGUUAAGAUUUUAUUAUAAAAAAAAAUUGUAUACUAUUUUCUUAAAAUUUCUAACUAUAAUCUAUAUUAUCUAUUAAAAUAGAAGUAAUGAAUUCUUUCAUGUAUUGUUUUAUAAUUUGGACCAUCCUUUAAUUUUCUUAUUAAAUAUAUUUUAUUAAGACUAAUAAUAUAUAGAAUCUUUGAACUACUUAAUCACAAAAUCUUUUGAUAUCUUUUCAUUUUAAAUAUAAAUAUAUAUUUUAAAUAUUCUAACAAGUCUGUUUAAAAGAUUUUAACAAGAUAUUAAUUUUCAAAAAUUAUAUGUAAAUAUUUUCAUUAAUUUCAAAAUUAGUUAUGAAAUAAUAUUAUACAUUUAUAUAUUUUAUAAUAUUAAAAAUAUAAAUUCUAUAAUUUUAUCAAUUAUAUAAUCAUAAUCAAUCAUUUUAUGAGAAAUUAUUGAUUAUUAUAUUGUGCUAAAUAUGAUUAAAUUAUAUUAAAUUGUUAAAUUUAUAUAUUUUAUUUUGUAAGUAUUUAUAUUCGAAAUGUAAUAUGUAGGUAACACGUGUUAAUAUUAGAAAACUAUAUAAUACACGUAUAUAAAUUAACAUGUAUUUCAUCAAAGUUAAUAAUACAAAUCAUUUAUGCAUGAUAUCUUUUUAUUUUAAAUAUAAAUAUAAAUAAAUAUAUACAUAUAUGUAUAAUUUUUUUAACAAAUCUUUUGAAAAUAUUAUAACGUUAUCUUAAUUUUUUAAAAUUUUAUGUAAAUAUUUCAUCUAAUUUCGUAAUUAGCAAUGAACUAUUAUUAUGCAUUAAUAUAUAAAUAUUUAGUUAUCAUUUACAAAAUAAAAAAUUACCCUUUUAUCAUUUUAUAAUAAUAAUAGUUCAUAUUAAAUGAGAUUAUUAUAUUGAACUAAAUAUGAUAACAUUAUAUUAAAUUGAUAAAUUUGUAAAAACAGUUUUUAUAAAUAUAAAAUAUUUAUGCUAUAAAUAUAAUACGAUGAUAUAACGACUUAACAUGCAAAAACUAUAUAAUACAUGUAUAAAAAUUGACAUAUCUUAGACUUUUGUAUAUAUAAUAAUAUAUUAUCUGAAAUAAUUAAAUGUAAAAAUAUUGCUAACAGAAACUUAGUUUUGAAGGUCGAUGGAUCAAAACUGAAUAUAAAUUAAUACAAAAAUAAUAUUUAAUAUGAUUUUUAAUGUAUAUAUUAAUUUGUUAAAUAAAUAUAUAUAUCAUAAAUGAUGUAAAAAAAUAUUUAUGUAUAUAAAAUAAAAAUAAACACCCGCACAGUUGUGCGGGUCAAAAUCUAGUGUUUGUUUUAAAACCAUACUAUAACUUAUAAAAGAUGAUUUCUUGUGAAAUAUUUAAAUUAGACCAAAGCUAUGAAAUGCGAAAGCUGCUUCCAAAAAUGAGUAAAUAUGUUUGCAAUCAACUGAUGCUGAUUAAUGUGUUAACAAGAGGUGAGGGAGUGGUGACUGGUGGUUGACGCAAGUGUUAAAUCUCAGGUUUCUUUCUUGUUUUUCGUGGUUUCACAAAUAUUACAAAAUCUGUGCACCACCUAACCAUAUUCAUAAAAUUGAAAUCCCCCAAACCUAAUAAACGGUUUGAAACACUGUUAAGUAUAUUAGUACAAACUUUUAUGGAAUAUAAAAACUGAAGACAAAAAUGUAACAAACUAAAUAAAAUGUUAUAAAAUCUAACAAACGCUAUAAAAUUGAGGUGACACAAAGAAAGGGAAUGAAACAUUCAAAAGGCAAAAUAUUAUAUAUAAAACAUUAGAAAGAAAUAUAUUUGUGAAAGUUUCAAUGAGAAGGGAAGAAUUUGUUGAGGCAGCAAGGUAGACCAUAAAACUCAUCGUUUCGGACAUCGAGAUUGUAUAAUCUGAACUUUUCCCACCAUUUCAGCCCACAAUCUUUCUUGGCUUCAUCGUUCUCACGAGACAAUGUGCAAUCAAGCACUAUUGCUAUCAUUCCCGCAACCGUUGUGUGUGACAUAAAUAUCACUCUUAUCACAUCUUCAAACUGGUUUGUAUUCACAUAACCCAAGAAACAACCCAUAUUAUUAAAAGAAUGUGUUAUAAAUUUUGUCUCAAAAGUAUGCAAGAAGAUGUACUGACCCAACUGGAGUGAUGAUCAGACCGCCAACCUCCAUUGUAGUAUUCUCUAAAGUAUUGAGGAAUUGAAAUAGCCAUGAAAAAGGAAAAUCCUAAGAUGAAUUUGGUGUUGAAGCUGUUAAGGUUGCAAAACUGUAGAAAGCUAAGCCCCGCAGAAGCUACAUUGCAUUAGAAAUUAUUUUAUUUUUCAGUGAAAGCGACAAAGCAUAUAUACUGUACGAAAAUGUAAGUGUGAUGUCAUGAAGAGACUUACACACAAAACACAAGACGAUGCAGUAAACGGACGCCAUGAUUGGUAAUGGUAUGGACGCGAAAAAGGCUCCAAACUUUCCUGCAUUUUGAUCAAAAUAAAUAAGAACUAAACCGAAAAAAUAUUCACCAAAUUCAUUUGUACAAUGGAAAAGUUUUAACAAAAAAAAAACAACAAAAUACCAAAAAUGGAGAAAAAGAGCAUGAAGGUAGCUGAUAUUUGUAUCACUCUUCGACUCCCAAUUUUAGUCAUUGCCAAAAGUCCAACAUUUUCUCUGAACAUUAGCGUUAACCAUAUCAUAAGCCUUUACUAGAAUUUAUACAUAAAAUUUAUAGUUAUUGAUAGGUAAAUACUUGAUAAUUAAAAUUUUAGUUUAGAGGUAAGAGGUUCCUUACGUUGAUGUUGUGAUCCCUGAGACGCCUCCAAGCAUGCCGUUCAGUAACACUCCAACUCCCUACAAGAUAAUCAUUCAAGUAUUUAUAAGAUGAUGAAAGUUAUAUUUAAUAAACGAAUAAAAUGAAAAAAAUGACUAAUUAAGUUAUUCUUAGACUAACCAGCCAGCCAGUACCACGGCUAAUAACUGAUGGUGGGAUCGGAGUUGCACUUCCAUAUCUUGCAGAUGCGUAGAACAAACCCGUCGACUGCAAUAACAUACAACACUUGCACUCUUCAUAACCAUAUAUAGUUAUUUUUCCUUGAUUUUUAAUAUUCAUUAAUCAUUAUGAUUCCAGAUUAUCAGUUCCAUAA